AUGGAGAAUCUAUUGGGUCUUCUGAGAAUUCAUGUGAAGAGAGGUGUCAAUCUCGCCAUUAGAGAUAUCUCAAGCAGCGAUCCUUACGUCGUCGUUCACUCUGGGAAACAGAAGCUGAAAACCCGCGUAGUGAAACACAGUGUUAACCCCGAAUGGAAUGACGACUUGACUCUUUCCGUGACUGAUCCGAGUCUCCCUGUUAAACUUACGGUUUACGACAAGGACGUGUUCUCUGCGGAUGAUAAGAUGGGACAAGCCGAGUUUCACAUUGCUCCAUAUCUUGAAGCGAUCAAAUUCCGUCAUAAGCUCGAAGGAGGACUUCCCAAUGGAACCAUAAUAAUGAAGAUACAACCGAGCAGGCAAAACUGUUUGUCUGAAGAGAGCCAUAUUGUGUGGAACCAAGGCAAGCUUGUUCAGAAUAUGUUCCUUAGACUCCAGCAUGUGGAGUGCGGAGAGGUUGAGCUACAGCUCGAGUGGAUAGAUGUCCCCGGUGCAAGGGGUAUUUAA